CCCCCCCCCGCCUGUCUGCACGAGAGACCAUGUCCUCCUCUCUCCUGCCCGACUCGUCCGACAGCUCCGCCUCGCCCCACUCGCCGCACGAGCACGACGGCGCCUCGUCGGGCCUCUCCGCCCCGCCCUCGCCAGCUGCAGCGCGCGCCGGCGACUCAGACGCCGAGAGGCUCGACGCCGAGGAGGACGACGAAGAGGAGGAGCAAGAGUCAGAGGAGGAGGAGGAGGAGGAGGAGGAUGGAGAGAUGGAGUCUGCCGCCGACUUCGACUCCGACGAGGAGGAGUCGCAAGCAUCGCAGCGCGCGGCCAAGACGGCGCGCCCUGCACGCCGCUCUCGCCUCUCGGGCGCCUCUGCGUCCGCCUCGACGUCGCGCGCAAGCACACGAGCCGCAGCUCAGCCCAAGCCCGCGCCGGCGCCGGCGCCGGCGACUCCUGCGGCUGCGGCGAGACCGCCACGCAGAGCAGCGGCCAAGCGCGCCGUCGUCGACGUGAGCGAGGACGAGGAGGAGCUGGCGUUUGACAUGGAGCAGGAGGAAGAUGCGGGCUCCGAGGCGUCUGCCUCGGCCUCGGGCGAGGGCUCGGGCGAGGAGGACGCCGAGGCAAGUGAAGUGGAGGAGGAUGAGCUUGGCUCGGCCUCAGAGGAGGAGGAGGAAGAGCAAGGGCAGCAGAAGAGCAAAGUGCCCGCGUCGGCGGCGGAGGCGGCUACGAAGACGCCGCUGCGCAUUCGCCUGCGCUUGAGUCCCGGCAAGGGCACUUCGGCUUCCGCCAAGGCUGAGUCCAAGAAGGCGGCGGCGGCUGCUGCCGGCUCGAGUGCUCGUGCCAAGAGACGCAAAACAGCGCGUUCCCCCACUCCUCCCGACGACGACGCCACGCCCGCCUCCUCUUCGGAAGCGGAGGACUCGUCACAAUCGGGCUCUGCGCGCUCCGAGAGCGGCACGCCUGCGCCACAGCAUGGCGGCGCGCCCAAGACGGCGAGGCAACUGGCACGCCUCGCGGCCAAGGCGCGCAGAGAGGAGGGCGAGGAGGGCAGUGUGGAGCCUACUGGCGCAGGUGCGCUGGGCGAUGGACUGUUAAGCUUGCCGAUGGAGGACGAGUCGCGCAAGCGCAAGCUGUCGGAGGUCGAGGUGGCGCUGCGCAAGUCGGAAAUGUCGCGCCGGCGCAAGAACCAGCUGGAGAAGAAGCUCGAGGACGAGAAGAUUGAGACUAUCAAUCGGCUCCUCAAGAAGCAAGUGUCGCGGCGCUCGACGCGCGCCGCGGGCGUCGAGUACGACGAGGAAGGCGUGCGCAUCCACACGCCCGAGCCCGACGCGCGCGAGAUUGCCGAUCGCCCCGCGCCCUUCUUUAGGACGCUGGUGCGCCGCGAGGGCACUCGAGUCGGCGUGCCGGGCGCGCCAAAGGGCUACGGCGACGCUUGGGAAACUGCCAUGCCGGCGCUGAGCGCGCAGCCGUGAUUGGGAGAGAGAGGGGGGGG